CGUUUCAGAAUGAUUAGUUGCCAACGGAGAGGCAGAUUAUACAGCUCUACACAACUGUUGUUUUAAUCCCCUGGGCGAGGAGAUUUAGCUGAGGAAAACACACUGGUUUUAAACCCAGCAGCCAUAUUGUAUGGAAAAACGACGGAAAGGUUCAUCUUAUCUGAAAAAGUAUUGUUUCCCCAGACUCCUCUGACAAGAUUUCUGGGGAGUUUAACUGUUUUUCUUACUGGCGGUGGGUUUUUGUCGGACAGCUAGUUUGCCAGCUGGUUGGGGAAUUCAGUGACUGGGACUAGUUUUCGAGCCAUUUUCCACACUACUGUGGUCAUCUCUUUGGUCUAAAGGUGUUAAAUCUACCGGGUGAAUCAUGAAGGACCGAUUGGAGCAACUCAAAGCGACGUGUGAUCAAGAUGACGACGAGGUGGAGAUCUCUAUGGACAAUGCAGCCUUCAUGGAUGAGUUCUUCUGUCAGAUCGAAGACAUCAGGAGUAGUAUCGAUAAAAUUGAUGAGAACGUGGCUGAAGUCAAAAAGCUUUACUCUGUCAUCCUGUCUGCUCCCACAUCAGAUCAGAAAACACAGGAUGACUUGGAGGCGAUCACCAAUGACAUAAAGAAGAUGGCCAACAAUGCAAGAAACAAACUUAAGACCAUCGAGAGGAAUCUGGAGUCAGAGGAGCAGGAGAGGGUGUCGGCUGACAUGCGGAUACGUAAAUCACAGCAUGCAGUGCUGUCCAGGAAGUUUGUGGAGGUAAUGACAAAGUAUAAUGAAGCCCAGGUGGACUUCAGGGAGAGGAGUAAAGGACGCAUUCAGAGACAACUAGAGAUCACUGGAAAAUCAACAACAGAUGACGAACUGGAGGAAAUGUUGGAGAGUGGCAAUUCUGCUGUGUUCACUGCAGGGAUUGUGGAUGCUGGGAUCUCUAAACAAGCUCUGAGUGAGAUUGAAGCCAGACACAAAGACAUUGUCCGUCUGGAAAGUAGCAUCAAGGAGCUUCACGAUAUGUUUGUAGACAUCGCCAUGCUGGUGGAGAGCCAGGGUGACAUAAUUGACAACAUAGAGCAGAAUGUAUCCAAGUCACAGGACCAUAUAACAGAGGCUAAGGAACAGACCAAAAAGGCUGUAAGGCAUCAAGGCAAAGCACGCAAGAAAAUGGUGAUUAUAGUGGUGAUAGUGCUGGUCUUGCUGGCCAUACUAGCUCUCAUAAUCGGGUUGUCAGUUGGAUUGAAGAAAAGCUGAUGAGCUGUUUGAGUAAAAGGAGAGCUGAGGAAAAUGAUCAUAAUUGGUGUUGUCUGUGCUGUGGUCGUUCUCAUCCUCCUCAUCAUCAUCAUCACACAGACGGUGUAAAAGGACUGCUACCGUCAUCAGUUCAUUCAUCCUCCAUCAACUGGCCCAACAAAGAGAAAGCUGAUCACUCCAUAUGGAUGAUAUAAUAUUUAUAAAAACAGAAGGACAAGUUUUAUAAUUGACUUCUGGAAGACCUACAAGACUUGCUAUAAUUAUGAAAAGUUUUUAUCUGAUCAGAAAUGUCCUUCCUGUCAGUGAGGGUCUGUUUGACUCCCCUCGGCUUGGGCAGUUUGAGGAUGCUCUGCUGCAAAUGAGGAAACAAGAUUGACACUGACAUGAGGCACAAUAGCUGUUGUAUCUCUACGGACGAGAAAGGAGAAUUGAAAAAUAACUGAUCACUUUAGAGUCACUAACCAUUUCAUUGUCCAACAUUUGAUACCAAAGAAUACACCCGGACGUGUUCCUCAUCUGAAAUUGAUUUUAAAUGUCUAGUAGGUUGGACCCAUGUGAAGGCCUGUAAAAGCACAUCACCUCCCUUAUCAUUAUUUCUUGCCUUUUAUGAGCCUUGACACAUUGUGUAAAUCAAAAGCUAGCUACUGUAUAUUCUCUGUAUGGGGAUUUGGGGGGAGUUCCAGCACUUUCACAUUUCAAAAUAUGUCUAUUUUACUGUAAUGAAGCUCAGAUGAUCAUCUGAGUAAUAUUAUUAUUUUAUUUUUGUUGUGUACUUUAUGUAGCCCUUUAUUUGGCUAAUUUAUUUAACCUGAAGAGGAUCGGUGUGCUCACUUAUGAUUCUUCAGUUUUGUAGAGCCCAGUGGUUCUGAUGUUAAAAAUGAAGGAUGAUGCUAAUGCAAACACAUUUAAUGGAUAGGUGAAGCUAAGAGGAGCAAAAAAAAAAGACAGGCUAUGUACAUAAAAAACGCAUCCAGUGCUUUAAGACGUAUCGAAAACCCUGCAACAUCUGAAGAAAUGCCUAAAUAUUUGUUUAUUUUUGUUAACCUGCUACGAGGUUGACCAUCUUGACUUCCUACAUAUAGAGCUGAUCAUCUCUCCUGUUGAAGAACCCUAAAUAUUUCCAUUUCAGUGCAGAAUAGUCUAAUAAGUACGUGUAAACAUCUAAAACACACCUCCGCCCAGGCCAAAUGUCCUACAUCCCAAUGUAGACCAAAGAACACUUUUAAUGUACCUGUUUUUAAUUGAAUAUUUCUUCUUUUGCCGACGUCCCAGCCUUUACUUACUCACAAACAGACAAAUCUUGGCGGAGGGAGUGACCCUAUGAAGAGAAUCAGUACAUAACUUGAAUGACUUAAUCUAUCCCUGUCUGAAGUUGAAUAUGUUUUUGUCUUUGGUCAAUAAACCAAACCCAUUGAAGGUAAGAUUGAUUACAGGGCUGUUCUAAUAGAAUGCGUUACUUUUAGCUCAACCUCAAAACUGGCAACAUAUUUUAUUUCUGGUUAAUCACAAUAAUUUAUUUCUGUAUUUUUUUAUCUCGUUAGAGUGAAUGUGUCUAACAGAGUUUAUUGAACCACUGCGCACACGCUGUCACCCAGAGGCUUUAAUAUGGCAGUUAAAGCAGGUGAUUCAGGCUGUGCACACAAAGACUAUCAGAGACACCAUUUCCACUCACUAAACAGACUGUUAUCAAUAGGUAUUGACCACACAGGGCUAAAUGUCCUACGCAUUAUGAGGGCUGGCAUUCAUGAGGGAAGUCUUUGUCUCUGUUGCCUGAAUGGUUCCUUUUUAAUUCUGGUUGUGCAGGGAGGGAGCUCUUGAGAGUGAGAGGCCUCCCCAGCUUGGUCUUUUGACCGAGCAGUCUGCUCUUUUGGCUUCUGCCCUUGACUGUUAAAUCCUACUGCUCUGACCGCUCAAGCCUUUUUAUUCCCACACCCCUUUAGCCUUCAGCAUGGGCUGCAAUAAGAGCAGGAGGAGAAAACUAAAGUCGUUGUUCACUGUGUUAAAUUAAAGUGUCACAGAUUUUAUUAAAAAUUAAAGAUUUUAUGUUUUUUAAUGA